GAUUAAGGGAUAAAAAUUAAUAAGAAAGCGGUAAAAAAUGGUGCAAAUUUUUUCCUAUUCAAACCCCUAACUGCCGCACCCCAUCUCUUCUUUCACACGUUCCAUCCCUCUCGUCUCUCUCUUCCUCUUUAACCAAAAAAGCCCUUCGAAUCCUCAACCUACGAGUCCAUCCUUCUCUCUUCACUGAAGCUGUGAAGCAGAAACGCAGGUUCCCUUCCAUCCUCUUCUUCUUCUUCUUCUUCCUCCUCUGUCCUUCCAGUGAACCCAGUCCUCCUACUCUGGUUCUUCUUCUUCUGCUUCUUCUUCUUCUUCUGCAGCUACUGUUUGAGGGGUUCGGUAUCACCUGCUCGAUUGAAAAAAGCAAGCACAUUUUAGUUUUACUGCAACUUUUUAUAUUAUUAUCUUUCUUUUGUUAAUAUUUUGUAAAGAUACGAUUUCCUAAACUACUUUAAUUUACGACGGAGCUUGGUUUCCAAAUAAAUUUUAGUCGUGUGAUAAAGGAUUGCCCUUUUAUUGUAAUGCUGAAUUUUUUUAUUAAAUUUGUUUAUACCUAUGUAUGUGAAUUUACCUAAAAACAUUCAGGUUUAAGGAUGUUGCCUGUUGAUCCGACAAAGAAGCUGUCUUUUACUCGUUGCAUUAGUGAUGGAGAUUUGGUCAUUGUCUACGAGAAGUAUGAUACCAUGAAAGCUGUCGAAGUGUGUGCCGGUUCUGUGCUCGGAAACCGGUUCGGCGUGUUUAAGCAUUCAGACUGGAUAGGGAAGCAGUUUGGUUCCAAGGUUUUCAGCGGCAAGGGAGGAUUUGUUUACUUGUUAGCUCCGACUCCCGAGCUUUGGACUUUGGUUUUAAGCCACAGGACUCAGAUUCUGUACAUUGCAGACAUUAGCUUUGUGAUCAUGUUCUUGGAAUUGGUUCCGGGAUGUUUGGUUCUUGAGUCGGGGACCGGGAGUGGAUCUUUGACUACUUCGCUUGCAAGGGCUGUUGCUCCUAAAGGACAUGUCUAUACGUUUGAUUUCCAUGAACAACGCGCUGUCUCGGCUAGGGAGGAUUUUGAGAAGACGGGAUUAAGCAACUUGGUCACUGUAGGAGUAAGAGAUAUUCAGGACGAAGGAUUUCCGGAUGAGUUUUCUGGAAGGGCAGAUUCUGUCUUCCUGGACUUACCCCAACCUUGGUUGGCUAUCCCUUCAGCUGCGAAAAUGUUGAAACAAGAUGGGGUACUAUGCUCCUUCUCCCCGUGUAUUGAACAGGUGCAACGAGCGUCAGAGACUAUGAGAUCAAGCUUUACGGAUAUAAGGACGUUUGAGAUACUCCUUCACACAUAUGAAGUUCGAGAAUGGAAAUUGGAUGACUUCCAAGGCGACGAAGCUGGUUCUGUUGGAUCUCAUCCACGUAAAAGGCAACAUCGAUCAAAUGAAGGAAGCAAUGUGCAGGAAACUACAGGUUCUCCCACGGUCAUGGCUAGGCCAUGUCGCGACGCCAGAGGCCACACUGGCUAUUUGACAUUUGCAAGACUCAAAUGCCUCUCGUAAAGUAUGCAACUUUAAUCUAGUUAUAGACAUAAAGCCUGAUUCUUGAACGUGGUUAACUUCGCACGUUAUGUAACGCGAAUAGCCCAAAUAGUUGGGACGAGGUUUCGUUUUUACUGGUUCUGUAAUGUGAAUUCUUGCAAUGAUUCAGAAAGUUAGCAAUUUGAAAGAGAAAAUGCAUGUCCAUUUU